AUGUCGGAGUCGGAGGUGGGCAAGUUCAACCAACAGGUACUAACCUCGAUUGACGGCUGGUGCGACGAGCUCAUUGCGGGGCUCCGUGACCAUGGCUGGUGGGCCUCCACGAAACCCGUCCUCCCGAAGCCGCUCCUGCGCGCCAUGCGCCAGGAAGUGGAGGAUUUGUGGGAGAACGGCGACUUCAUACAGUCACAGUCCGUGCUGGGUGGAAACAUCUACUACGACAAGAAGCACGUGUUUGCCACGGAGAUCAAGAGCGAGAAGUACACAACUUCUCCACGUAUGUGGCAUUACACCGUCACCAUGACCAGGGAGUUGGUCCGACGGGUGAAUGCUGCUUUUCCAGAAAUGGACUUGAACGGCAAGUUCAUUGGAAACAAGCUGAACAUGAGUGUUGGGAACGGUGCCGCCUUUGAUGCACAUUUGGAUGUGGGUGUGGCUGAGAAGCCCUUCAACCGCAAGCUGUCGCUUCUCCUCUAUCUGAACGACUCUUGGAGGCCUGCCCUGGGAGGUGAGAUUGUGCUCCUUGGGGAGGGACAGACCGAGGCGGAAGCAGCAAAGUCACAACCAGGGGCUUUGGGGCUUCCGGUCACGCUGCCCCCAACAAGCGGAACGCUAGUUGCUUUCUGGUCUGACAAGAUCCUGCACAAAGUCAAGGCAUCAGAGGUGCUGAAAGGCAUGAAGGACUACCGCGUGUCUUAUGUCAUCUGGUUGGUCGGGGAAGACCAUGAGGAGCAGGUUGCGCCUUCCAGUGCAGCUGAGGAUGCGAGCAAAGCAGAGACCGCGCCGUCCUGGGCCUUCUGA